GUCGUGGCUUGCUUUUUCUUUGUAUGCUGAUAUGUCGGCUGUCAUGUUCGGGAGAGCCUUCCACAACCAUACAGAGACUCGAGCGAAAACGAAGUACCAACAAAAGGCGCUUCACUUUUAUAAAAUCAGACUCCUCUUUACUUUUAGCACACUAGAUUCACGUGCUCCUCUUCUUGUCACCAUCUUUGCCCCCAGUUGUCCCCACCUCGUCUCUCCCCCUUUAAACUUCAAUUGGCAUUCUCAGCCCACAAGAUGAGUUCCAUCCAACAAGACUGGCCUGAACCAAUAGUCCGGGUCCAAUCGCUCUCGGACAGCGGGCUAGGUGUGAUCCCGGAACGUUAUGUGAAGCCCCUGGGCGACAGGCCGUCCAUGGUCUCCUCCGCUGCUGACGUUGACAUUCCAAUCAUCAACCUCGGAGAGCUAUACAGUGACGACGACAGAGUUCGCGCCAAUACCAUAAGCCAAAUUAACCAUGCUUGCCGAGACUGGGGCUUUUUCCAAGUCGUGAACCAUGGGGUGAGCCCGGAGCUCAUGGACCGGGCACGAGAAGCCUGGCGCGAGUUCUUCCACUCGCCAAUGGACGUCAAGCAAAAGCAUGCCAACUUGCCGACGACUUACGAAGGAUAUGGAAGCAGAUUGGGCGUCAAGAAAGGCGCCAUUCUCGAUUGGAGCGACUACUAUUUCCUCCAUUACCUUCCCUGCUCAUUGAAGGACUAUAACAAGUGGCCUCUUCUUCCAUCUGACUGCAGGGAAGUGAUCGAUGAGUAUGGGAAGCAGCUGGUGAUACUGGCAAAGAAGCUGAUGAAAGUGCUAUCUGUGAACCUCGGACUAAGCGAGGAGUAUCUUCAGAAUGCGUUUGGCGGCGAGAAUAUCGGUGCUUGCUUAAGAGUGAACUUCUACCCAAAAUGCCCUCAGCCGGAUUUGACUCUCGGCCUGUCCUCCCACUCAGACCCGGGAGGCAUGACUUUGCUGCUGCCGGAUAAUCAUGUUCCGGGCCUUCAAGUCCGCAAGGACGGGAAUUGGAUCACUGUGAAGCCCGCCCGGCACGCUUUCAUAGUCAACAUCGGAGAUCAAAUUCAGGUACUGAGCAAUGCAAUCUACAAAAGCGUGGAGCACCGUGUCAUUGUCAAUCCCUCAGAAGAGCGCGUCUCUCUAGCCUUCUUCUACAAUCCGAAAAGCGACAUACCAAUCAAGCCAGCAGAGGACCUGGUGACCCGAGAAGGAGCCUCGCUGUACCAACCAAUGACGUUCGAUGAAUACAGACUCUUCAUAAGAUUGAGGGGUCCGUGUGGAAAAUCCCAAGUUGAAUCUUUAAAAUCUCCGAGAUGAUGGUGACUGAAGAGCGGGCAUGGUUGAUUUGGUCGCUAAUUGAAAUCACAUAUAAACAAUUAGUUUGUUGGCUAGCAGCUCUCUAACUGUACUGUACAGUUUGCUCUUAUCAUGAGGGGACUGAACAUAAAAAA